AUGGAGGUAUCGGAUACCUCCAAGUCUCUCCGACUGCCAAGCUCGAUCCCCUUCUGGCGACUCGUCCUCAAUCCCGGAGCCAUUAUCCAAGAGGUCGCAGAUUAUCCUUACUCCGGUUCGGGUACCGAAGAAGAUCCCUAUGCGGUGCAAUGGAUGCCCAAGGACUUUCGAAACCCUCUCGAAUUAAAGACCACCAUGAAAUGGUUCAUCACCCUUGUCGCUGCCCUCGAGACCCUAGUGGUUGCUUUGGUCUCGUCCGCCUAUACGGGGGGUCUCCUUCAAAUCCAGCAAGAGUUCGGUGUCACGACGGAGGUUGCAACGUUGGGAGUAUCCCUCUACGUACUGGGAUUUGCUCUGGGCCCUCUGAUCUGGGCCCCCAUGAGUGAAAUGUUCGGUCGUCAGCUCGUUUUCACCACAACCUAUGGCGGGUUAACCAUAUUUUGUGCCGCCUGCACAGGUGCGAAGAACAUUGAAUCCCUACUGGUGUUCCGGUUCUUAUCCGGUGCUUUCGGUUCCUCUCCUUUCACCAACUCAGGCGGUGUUAUCGCCGACAUGUUCAUGGCUCGCGAACGAGGACUGGCCCUGGGUGCCUUUGCAUUAGCUCCUUUCCUGGGGCCCGUCAUUGGACCUAUCGUUGGUGGUUUCCUCGGUAUGUCUAGCGGGGGUUGGAAGUGGGUGAUGGGCCUAUUAGCCAUCCUUUGUGGUGUGAUGUGGUUCCUAGGAGCUGCGUUAAAGCCUGAGACAUAUGGCCCCGUGCUUCUUCGCCAGCGUGCAAAGACCCUUUCCAAGCUUACAGGUCAGGUGUACCGUAGUCAGUUGGAUAUCGAUCAAGGACCCAUCACUUUGAAGGCCGCGCUGAAGACCUCUUUCUCGCGGCCCUUGAUUCUCCUAUUUAAAGAACCUAUUGUCUUGCUGCUCUCGAUCUAUCUUGCUAUUAUUUAUGGAACUCUCUACAUGCUUUUCGGAGCCUUCCCGAUUGUCUAUAUGAUCCAUCGUGGCUGGAAUCAAGGUGUCGCCGGCUUGGCCUUCAUUGGCGUUAUGAUUGGUAUGUUUGGAGCGAUUGCAUAUAUGAUCCCUGAAAACAAACGCUACGCCAAAUUACUUGCCAAAAACGGUGGUUAUGCGCCCCCAGAAGCGCGUCUUCCGCCAUGCAUGCUCGCCUCUAUAGCCCUCCCUAUUGGGCUCUUCUGGUUCGCAUGGACCAACUCUCCCUCCAUUCAUUGGCUCGCAAGCAUCGCUGCUGGCGUCCCCUUCGGGUUUGGAAUGGUUCUCGUCUUCCUUAGCGUCUUCAACUACUUGAUCGACGCUUACACAAUUUUCGCUGCAUCCGUCUUGGCAGCCAACUCGUUGUUGCGGUCGUUGUUCGGUUUUGCAUUCCCGCUCUUCACCACAUAUAUGUACCAGGACCUGGGCAUUCACUGGGCGUCCUGUAUUCCAGCUUUUCUGGCUCUUGCCUGUGUCCCUUUCCCCUUCUUGCUCUACAAAUACGGUCUGUCCAUUCGCAAACAUUGCACCUACUCCGCUCAGUCUGAGGCCUUUGUUCAAAACCUUCUUCGAGCGAGCCAAAAGGCUACCGAGGGGCCUGUCGAUCUGGAGAUUGAGAUACGCCCAGCUACACUGGCAAACGAUGAAGAUGCGUCGCUGUCUCACCACAAGGAGAUGACGGCGGAUGGACAUUCGACUCAUCAGACACUUUUGCGCACUUCCACCGAUGCCACACAUACCAUGCAUCGGGCUUCCAUAUCCGAGACCAAUCGUUCUGAUGUCGACCGGGUAAGUGUGCGGGGGUCAUUCAAAUGA